UGUCACUGACAAACUUAAAGCAAUUGAAAAUAUUGAAAUAGAAUUUGUUAAAAAUGACGACUCAAAAUUCUAUUCAGAGGAUAUAGAAAAGUUGCUAUCACGCUUGGAGAAGGAUAUUGAGAGUGAUGGAGGGUCUGAUCAUUGCCUUGGUGUGCUAUGGAGCUUUUGUCCAUUUCACAUUUUGUUGGUAUUUAACGACAAGGUCGGAAAAUAACUUUAACUGGAUCCGCCCGCUUGCAAGUCACGUAUUUAUCUAUAAAGUAAGGGAUACACGUUUAAAAAUUGUGAGUGAAAAAAUAAAUACCCAAAAGUAUUACAAUAAAUUGAAAAGUCAUCCGAACAAGAAUAAAGACAAAGACAGGCAACAAGUGAAAAUACAAAUUCAAAGCUACAAAUUCAGAUGUUCUCACUGGAAAAGAGGAUUAACAAGAGAUAAAAAUGAAAAAGGAAAGAUAAAUAAACCAUAUUUAAUAAAUAUCUCCAAAUUAUCAAAAAAUGAAGGAAAUAAAAAUAGAAACCUAAUUAGUUCAAAACUAAAUCAUGCUAACGACCCAAAUUCAAACAAUCAAACAUUUAUAAAUGGAAUGCCAACUGGGCAGAAUGAACAAGGACAAAUAAAAGAUAAAAAUCUGAAUGUAACAACAUUUAGGUACAGAAAUACCAAUUAUGAAAAUUAUAUUGCAAUGAUGAUUACACAAACAGAAUUAAAUAAACAAAGAAUGUACAAAAAGCACAUAACAAAUAAUGAACUUAAAUUUAAAUACAUGGUGAAUAUAAACAACAGAGCCAAAAAAAUGUAUGAUUCUAAUUCUGCUAGUAUUCCUCACAGUCAAAAGAAACGAUACAGACACAGUAUUAAAAAUAUAUUUUUCACUAAUUUAAAUUUGAACAAAUUUGUCUUUGUGAGUCGAACAAUAAUUAAAACUUUGAUCAGUAGAAAUAUAACACAUAGACAUAAUUCUGAUUGGCAUGGAGAGAAUUUGAUUGCACGAAAGGAAUUUAAUUCUAAUUGCAACAUCAAAAUGAUAAUUAAAAACAGUGUAAAAUUACAGAAAUAUAAAAUAUAUUGGAAAAAUAAAAAAUCUAAAAAGAGUCAAAGUUCAGACUUGGCUAAGAAGAAUAAGACAGGACAUGAUCAAAAAAUGAGAAACAAAAAAAAAUUCAAUACCAUAAAAAUAUUUUUUGAAUAUUUUAUUAUUGAAAAACCAAACAACUAUUUAAGAAAUAUCAAGAAAGAAAUGGAGGUAAGAUCAAAAAUGAAAAGAAGUAUGAAUUUUGGAGAUUAUAUAAACAUAAGCAAACUGAAUAAAAUGAAAACAGCUACAAAUAAUUGGAAGAAAAGAAGUAGAAAAAAACAGAAAAAAAUUCAACUAACAAUUGAUACUAGAAGAAGCAAAGAAACUAAAAACCAUACCAAAAAUAUUAACACUAAAACACAAUCAACUUCUGGCGUGAAGAAAGACCACUACAUAAGAACAAAACGAGCAGUUAACUUUUCUAGCAUGAAUCAACCAAGUGGGACAACAAAAUUGAAAAAAGAAUCCACAAAUACACCGAACGUUAAAAUGAGGAUGAAUAAGAAAACAUUACACAAUAAUCGCAAAAGGUCAACAGAAAAUAAUAUUAAAAAAAUUAAUGCACCAACAAAAAAAUUACCGAACAGAAACAGCACACAAAAUAAGAUCAAAGACAAAAAUAAAAACAAUAGAGUGCAAAGUAAAUUAAAAGGUAAGUCACCGAGGAAAAAAGUACAAAAAGAUCUUUAUCAACCUGCAAACAAAGGAAGAAGUAAUAACGCAAAGAAGAAGCAGAAAGACCUAGCCUUAAAAAAUGUUUCUAAACCAAAUAAAAUAAUAAAAAGAAGGAACAAUAAGAAUACAAAAUCAGGAAUUCGAUCGCAAAACAUAAACAAAAAACGACAUAGAAAUGAAGGAAGAAAUAAAAGUAAAGUCCUACAAAAUUAUCCUCAUAAAUCUACAAAUAAACCAAGAAGAAAUAAUACUAAAAAGACAAGGCAAAAUAUGGUUUUAAAAAAUAAUAAUAAACCAAAUAACACAAGAAACAGAAACAGCAAAAGUAGAAGAAAUGGAGAACAGAAUAAAAGUAAACCAAAAGAGAAAAACAACGUAAAAAAAUCAAAAGCUAAUUCUUCAAGGAGAAAUAUACAUAAACAUCCCAAAUCUACAAACAAAUCAAGAAGGAAUAAUUCAAAGAAGAAACAGAAAAAAGUGCAAAAACCAAAUAGAAGGAAUAACAAUAAGAAAGCAAAAUCAACAAAUAGAUCACCAAACAGAAACAUCAUAAGUAAAGGAAAAGGAGGAGGCAAUAAAAGUAAAGACAAUGAAAAAAAUAAUGGUAUACAAAAAUCAAAAGUUAAUUCUUCAAGGAGAAAUAUACAAAAAGGUCCCAAAUCGACAAACAAAUCAAGAAGGAAUAAUUCAAGAACUAAGAAGAAAAAAGUGCAGAAACCUAACAGAAGGAAUAACAAUAAGAAAGCAAAAUCAACAAAUAUACCAAGAAAUAGAAACAGUACAAGAAAUGGAAAUAGAAAACAAAAUAGAAAUGGAAAUAGAAGUCAACAGGGUAACAGUCUACAAAAAUCAAAAGGUAAUUCUUCAAGGAGAAAUAUACAUAAACAUCCCAAAUCUACAAACAAAUCAAGAAGGAAUAAUUCAAGGAAGAAACAGAAAAAAAUGCAGAAACCAAAUAGAAGGAAUAACAAUAAGAAAGCAAAAUCAACAAAUAGAUCACCGAACAGAAACAUCAUAAGUAAAGGAAAAGGAGGAGGCAAUAAAAGUAAAGACAAUGAAAUAAAUAAUGGUAUACAAAAAUCAAAAGUUAAUUCUUCAAGGAGAAAUAUACAAAAAGGUCCCAAAUCGACAAACAAAUCAAGAAGGAAUAAUUCAAGAAAGAAGAAGAAAAAAGUUCAGAAACCAAACAGGAGGAAUAACAAUAAGAAAGCAAAUUCAACAAAUACAUCAAAAAACAGGACAAGAAAUGAAAAUAAAAAACAAAAACGUCCAGGUAAAUUGAAAAACAACAGGUAUAAUAAAUCAACUAAUAAACCUAAAUACAGAAACAGAACAAGAGGAAAUGCUGGAGGACAAAAAAGAAAAGUAACCACUAAAAACAAUGGGGUACAAAAGAAAUCAAGUGGUUACUCUAAAAGCAAAAACAGACAAAACCAUCUAAACAAGCACCAAAAAAAUGUGGUUUUAAAAAAUGACACAAAACCAAGUAAAACAAAAAACAGGAAGAAUAAGGACAACAAAUCAACAAAUAGAUCGCAAAAUAGAAACAGCAAAAAUACAAAUGUAGGAAGAAAUAAAAGUAAUGCCAAAGCAAAAAACAAUUGGGCACAAAAGAAUUCAAGAAGUAAUUCUUCAAGAAAAAAUAAACAAAAACGUCCAAAGAAGAAACAGAAAAAUGUGGUUUUAAAAAAUGAUGCAAAACCAAAUAAAUCGACAAGCCGGAAGGGUAAGUAUAGCAAAUCAACAAAUAAUACCAGCAGAACAAGUACAAAUAGGGGAAGAAAUAAAAAUACUACAAAAGCAAAAAACGACGGGGCACAAAUGAAAUCAAAAGAUAUAGUGCAACUAGAAGUGGAAGAAGAAAUAGAAGUAAAACAAACAAGAAAAACAAUGUGCCACCAAAGAAAUCCAAAGGAAAUUCAUCAAGCAAAAAUAAACAAAAACGUCCAAAGAUGGAACAGAAAAAUGCAGUUUUAA